AUGGUUCUCUUUGUCCUUAGAUGUGGCCUUCACGCCGAUUUCACGGAGCUGACGGCCUGCGUGGGCGGGGAGCUGGACCGACACGAGGGCUCCGCUGUGCACCGGCGGUACUUCUACAUAACCCUACUAAGGGAACCUGUUGCCAGAUAUUUGUCAGAAUACCGACAUGUAAAGCGCGGAGCUACGUGGAAGGGUUCGAGACACUGGUGCCAAGGGCGCACGGCGUCGGCGGCGGAGGUACCAGCGUGCUACACGGGCGAUUCUUGGCGAGGGGUUACUUUAGAAGAGUUUGCGGCUUGUCCCUGGAACUUGGCAAACAACAGGCAGACUCGAAUGCUCGCAGACUUGGCUCUCGUCGGCUGUUACAACGGGACAUUACGGCAUCGGACUUCAGAUACGGAUCGAGUAUUGCUCGCGUCGGCCAAACGAAACUUGGCCGCCAUGGCGUACUUCGGACUCACUGAAUUUCAAAAGAUAUCUCAGUACGUGUUCGAGGAGACGUUUAAUCUACGUUUCGCGGUGCCCUUCACGCAGCACAACGCGACUGUGUCUGGCGCCACAUUGGCCGCGCUCUCGCCCUCGCAAAUAGCGCACAUACGACGGCUCAACUCGCUCGACUUGGAACUCUACGAAUUCGCUAAGAACCUCAUGUUUAAAAGAUUCGAAGCGCUCAAGAAACGUGACAGUGAUUUCGAAUUCCGCUGGCGGCACCUCGGCGAGGUGGCGCCGAAGGUCGGAGUCACGGAGUUCGACUGGGACAAUAAUCUGGAGGACGCCACUACUGAGAGGUCUCGAGGCAAGUAGAUGGAUACCCAUUACCUUAUUAUUACUGGGAGAAAAUUAAAAUAAGUUUUUU